ACGGAUCAUCAGUAGGUCAGAUUUACAGCUAUCAGUUUAAAGCCAUCUAGUCGUGUUCCUUUGAAGGUUUGCAAGAUUGUCUCGAUUUUCAAUUAAAUGCUACACUAAAUCGUACAGGUGAGGUAAAUUCCAACGUUUUGGCUCCCAUAUUUCAUUAAAAACGGGAAAAUUCGCAUAGGAUAGAGUACGGUUUCGCUAACCAGUGACAUUCGGUGCGAAUUGCAAGGGAAACUUUUUCCGGCCAUUGAUGAAGUGUUCGGCUUUCGCGUAUUUCGUACGUCGUCGUGUCCCUGUGUCCGAAGAUAGACGAUUGAGAAAAGGAUUUUCAUUCUAGCCAAAAUCGGUAUAGGAGUAAAGUGCUGUGCAAUCGUCGCCAAUUUUUCCCUGUGGAUUAUAAGUGAUUUUUUGGAGAUUUGCCUACAAAUUUUGAAGGAUUCUUUCUGCAAUCGCUGGAUUUACAGCUCUAGAGAUUAUCCAACUAAAGUAAAAGCACAUCAGGAGAAGCCAAACCAAACCGAAGAUUAACUUCAAGUGAUAGUGCAAGUGAAGAAGUGUAUAUCCGUCUAACGGAAAUUAGUGCAUAAUUGUCGUAUUCCAUUAGGUCUACAGUUUUACACAACUCAAGUUCAAUCAAGCAGCGAUUCUGAAAAACAGCGUCGUGGCGUAUUUACGUGGGUGAAAGCCAAACUUCAGUUCAAGGAAUUAUUGGCUCAAUACCGAACGCAUAAGACCCUUUUUGGUUGCUAAAUAGUCAUCACUUCACUAGAAUAUCAUCACGCUAUCUCGUUGAGAUUGAUAGUAUAGAAAAAAUCAAACCAAAACCUCAACUACACCAAUAAAACAGCUACAACAAAAGGUUAGCUGUCCUACACGACAAAUCGGUUCAAUUAGAAAAUAAAGCGAACGAGUAGCGAAUCUUAAGCAAGGCAACUACUCAUCCGGAGCGUGGUGUAGUUGAUUCCCAACUUUUCUUCUCGUUCAAUAUUAGCGCCAUAUCUGACGCUGGGUGCGGGCGAAUCUGCGCCCCGCCAAAGCAGGAUCCACAAGCCGGCACACUGUCUUUCGCAAGCUUCAAGAGUAGCUUUACCAGCAAUGUUAAUUUCCUGAAGCGACGAUUCAGCUCGGGAGACUUGUCUUCUGAGUGUGAUGAUGUCGAUCCCAAAGAUUUACCACCAGCAGCACGUCCACAACCCCCUCUACAGCAGCAACCAAUGCCUGGUGGACCACCAAACAUUCCUCCGCCUCCGGCACCCGGUUCGGCCGUUUCGCCAGGGCCGGUUCCAGGAUCAGCACCUCCCACCGGAGGACCCGAACUGUCACUGAGCUUCGGGAAAGGGCCCCAGCGUGGAACCAGUGCACCAUCCAGCCCUGCAAAGUCACGCGAAAGUCUACUACAGCGUGUCCAAAGCUUAACCGGUGCAGCACGUGAUCAGGGCGCUUCGAUUAUUGGAGCGGCCGUUUCCAGCGCAGCACGUGUGCAGCCAUUCAACAAAGACAAAUGUUUCACACUGCUAGUAUUAGACGACCAAAACACGGAUUGGUCGAAAUACUUCCGAGGCAAGCGCCUGCACGGAGAUUACGACAUUCGGGUAGAGCAAGCGGAAUUCCGAGAAAUUUCAUUAACUGCCAAUGCUGAUGCGGGUCCGCUGGUGUCAUUCAAUCGUGGUAGUUCAAAACAGCCCAAGUCCUAUCGUCCGGACUUUAUCCUGGUUCGCCAGGCACCGCGUGAUGGAGCAAAGGAUUAUCGGUCAACGCUUCUUGGGCUGAAAUACGGUGGCGUGCCGAGCAUCAACUCAUUGCACUCGUUGUAUCAAUUCCAGGAUAAACCAUGGGUGUUUGCACAUCUGCUACAACUGCAGCGACGUCUCGGAAAGGAAGCAUUCCCGCUAGUGGAGCAGACCUUCUUCCCCAAUCCACGUGAUAUGCUCGCCUGGCAACGGUUCCCAUGCGUACUGAAGGCUGGUCACUGUUACGGUGGUAAGGCAACCGCUAAACUAGAUAACCCAGGAGCGUUACAGGAUGCCGCUGGGCUGUUGUGCGGUACUGGACUCUCCGACAGCACCUCAUACUGCAGCCUGGAGCCGUACGUCGAUGCCAAGUUCGAUAUACACAUCCAGAAAAUCGGCACCAACUACAAGGCAUUUAUGAGAAAGUCCAUUUCUGGAAAUUGGAAAACAAACCAAGGAUCAGCCAUGCUCGAACAAAUUCCAAUGACGGAAAAGUACAAAGCCUGGAUCGAUGAGGUUUCGGAGCUGUUUGGCGGAAUGGAAGUGUGCGGCAUCGCAGUGAUCGUUUCGAAGGAAGGCAAAGAGUUUAUCAUAAGCGCUUCGGAUUCUACCUUCCCCUUGAUGGGCGAUACCCAGGAAGAGGAUCGACGACAUAUUGCUGAUCUAGUUGUUGGACGUAUGCAGAACGUAUGCCGUCCAUCAAUGAUGACGAAAGCCACUUCACGCUCAUCGAUCUCUUCUCGGGGCGGCAGUCCAACAGAGGAAAUGCCACCGGUUCCGAUUGGAACAAGACCGGCUCCGGUUGGUGGUGGCCCUCCGCCUAUACCUGAGCGCACAACACCGGGUGUUGGAUCGAUUGGCCGCCACGGUAGCAUUAGCAGCCAGUCUGGCGAAAUUCCGGACCAACCUACCGAAAAAGCUCCAACAUUGAACAGCUUGGGAAGACGUGACUCACAAGCUUCUCAAUCCAGCUCCGUUUCGGGAGUUUCUUCUGCGUCCGCAGCUCGUUCUGGAGUCAGCAAAGUUACCACUCUUCCUGGACAAGGAACGGUUGCUGAUGAGGCCGAGGAUACUAUGAAGAAUCUCCGUAAAACAUUUGCCGGAAUAUUUGGUGAUAUGUAGGAUUUAGCAAAAAAGAAGAAACCACAACGCGGAGGUGACAGCACAACCGGCAGUGCUACCGGCAGCAUACUAAGCACCCGUGAAAACUCUGUCGAUACCGUAAUCCAGCGUCCCAUCGGGGCACCUUCAUCUGAGAAAGAUCCAUUAGUGUGCAAUGGCUCAGCCGGUCAGCUGCAAAACAUAACAUCUGUUAGUAAUAAUGUAAAUAGCAGCAGUAACAACCAUAGAAUAGACAGUGUUUCUUCUUUUGAUAAAAAUUCUACAUUGAGUAAUCAUGCCUCCGCAACAGAAUCAUCCACUACGGAUACGCCAAGUGCACAAGAAACUAAGCGUAUGGCGUACGAUCCUACAAUCAAUGAGAGGAUCAAUCCAUUUGAUAAAGAUAAGAUAGCAGCUAGUCGAGCAGCUACAGCAGCUCCAGCAACUUGUUCUACGUUCUCUGGUAGUACAUAUACCAGUACAGCGACAUACGGCGCUACUGUUGGACAGAAUAGCUACACCACAACGACUACACUGUCUUCGUCGUCUGUGAGUCGGUCACCAGCAGCGAUGACAUCAGCAUCUUCUUCCUCUUAUUCCAGUACUUCUAUCAUAACCUCUAGCGAUAAGAGAGAUGAUAACGUGAAAGAUCGUUACAACACACAGCAAGGUAUCAGGGAUCAAUCACAAACUGGUCGCAUCGAGCCGCAGCCGAUUGCUACUGCAAAACCGGCAGAUACAUCGACCAUAUCAUCAUACUCCAGUGAAACCAAGAAACAGGAAUUCGGACGCACAAAGCGAUCAUCGUCAGAUGCAGAACUAAUAUUUGGUGAUAAAGGAUUAGACUUCUACAAGCCUCGCUUCAGCACGGCUGGUACAGGACGUGACUUCAAAAGUAGCAGUGAUUCCGUAGCCGACGCUGAGCUUAUCUUCGGCACCAGCGCGGUCAGUGGUCCCCCAUCAGCGACGUCCACAUCAGGCGGAAAUGCUCCUUCAACGGCUUUCAAUCGUUAUUCGUCGUACGGAAGUCGCGAUAGUUCCAGCUUCAAUAGCAGUGUCUCCGAUUCAGAUUACAUUUAUGGUAAGAAGGAAGAACGCAAUACUUUCAACAAAAGUUUAUCAGUGUCAUCGGAAAAGGCUGACUUAGACGUUACGGAGCGGUUCCGCAGUGCCCCCAAACCGUAUGAACCUCCCAAGAGUGCAUCCUCUGUGGGUAGCUCAGGUAGUGGUAAGUGGAGCAACAAAUAUGAUGAAGACGAUUUCGACUUGAAAUGAGCCAUGUAGAAUCAGUCGCGCCAGAAACCUUAGCAUUUAUUUCCAUGAUACCUGAAUUAUUUAGUUUCCACCAAGGCAAUGUAU